AAAGGUUGAUGCUUUUUUUUGUUUUUGCCUAAAAACCCCCUAUAAGUAUCACCUGCUACCUAGUCUUGCAAUUGUCCACGUUAAGUUAAAACUCUGUGUGCUUAGUGGUUACGCAGUGACAAAAUAUGGCAGAAGUUGCACAUGAUGUUCACUCUCUCCUCUCUUCUCCCGAAAGGGACUUUCUUCUUCGCAACAACGGCGAUCAGGUUAAAAUUGACAGCUUGAAGGGAAAGAAACUUGGUUUAUAUUUUUCGGCAUCAUGGUGUGGUCCAUGUCAAAGAUUCACCCCUACUUUGGUGGAGGUGUACAAUGAAAUCUCUCCAAAAGGUGACUUUGAGGUCAUUUUUGUCACGGCUGACGAAGAUGAUGAGUCCUUUAAGGCUUACUUUUCCAAGAUGCCGUGGCUUGCUAUCCCAUUUGCUGAUUCAGAGACACGCAGUCACCUUGAUGAAUUGUUUCAUGUGAAGGGGAUUCCCCAUCUUGCAUUAGUUGAUGAAACUGGGAACGUUGUCACUGAAGAUGGAGUUGAGGUAAUCCGUGAAUAUGGCAUCGAAGGAUACCCCUUUACAUCAGCAAGGAUCCAAGAGUUGAAAGAUCAAGAAGAAGAAGCUAGGAAGAACCAGUCCUUGAGAUCUAUCUUGGUCUCUCCUUCCCGUGACUUUGUGAUAUCAUCUGGUGGAAAGAAAAUACUUGUCUCUGAGCUUGAGGGCAAGACAGUUGGUCUGUACUUCUGUUUGACUUCAUACAAAUCAUGCAGUGACUUCACUCCCCAGCUUGUGGAGGUUUAUGAAAAGCUGAAGGCAAAGGGGGAGAACUUUGAGGUUGUGUUGAUAUCCCUAGAUGAUGAUGAAGAAUCAUUCAAGAAAGAAUUAGAAAGUCUUCCAUGGUUAUCCGUGCCUUUCAAGGACAAGAUCUGUGGGAAGCUGGUUCGGUACUUUGAGCUCUCAGCCCUUCCCACUGUAGUUAUUAUUGGGCCAGAUGGGAAAACUCUUCAUUCUAAUGUUGCCGAGGCUAUUGAGGAGCAUGGGAUUGCUGCAUACCCUUUCACUCCUGAAAAGUUUGAUGAACUCAUUGAGAUAGCAAAGGCCAAGGAGGAAGCUCAAACCCUUGAGUCAGUUUUGGUGUCUGGGGAUAAAGAUUUUGUAGUUGGGAAAGAUGGGGUGAAGAUUCCAGUGUCAGAAUUAAAGGGGAAGAACAUCCUCCUCUACUUCUCAGCCCACUGGUGUCCUCCAUGCCGCGCAUUCCUUCCUAAACUUAUUGAUGCAUAUCAUAAGAUUAAGGCAAAGGACAAUGCAUUUGAAGUCAUUUUCAUCUCAAGUGACAGGGAUCAAGCCUCCUUUGAUGAAUUCUUUGCAGGAAUGCCAUGGUUGGCACUUCCCUUUGGGGACUCGAGGAAGGCAUUCCUGAGUCGCAAAUUCAAGGUAUCUGGCAUCCCCAUGCUUGUGGCCAUCGGAUCAAGUGGCCGGACUGUCACAAAAGAAGCUCGAAAUCUGGUUGCGCUUCAUGGGGCAGAAGCUUAUCCUUUCACUGAGGAGAGAAUAAAAGAAAUAGAGGCAGAAUAUGAAGAGAUUGCAAAGGGGUGGCCUGAGAAGGUGACACAUGAAACACAUGAGCAUGAGCUUGUGUUGACUCGCCGUAGAAUUUUUAACUGUGAUGGUUGUGAUGAAGAGGGACAUAUAUGGUCAUACUACUGUGAAGAGUGUGACUUUGAUCUCCAUCCAAAAUGUGCAUUGGAGGUCAAUGGAAGCAAAGAUGACACAAAAGAAGAAGAGAAGCCCAAAGAUGGAUGGGUCUGUGAUGGAGAAGUCUGCUCUAAAGCCUGAAAUCUGGUUGUAUUAUUUUGGUGAUUACUCUUUAUUAAUCAACUGAAUUUGAUGGCUGUUAAGACCUUUUCUAAAAUGUCCUGAGUUAUAUGCAGAAUAAUUUGAAUAUUGGAUAUUGUGAUGUGAAUGAUCUGUAUUGUAUGGUUUAAUAUUGUAUCCUCUGUUGUGCAUAUGGGUUACUAUGUCGAAAAUUGUGGC